CUCCCAAUGUGAUUUUUCAUCUGAUCAUGUCCCCCUUCCCCUCCUCACUACCGUCCAAACCCCUCCAUCACCCCAGAUUCCUCACGGCCUACCAAUUGCUUUUCUGCAUUUCCAUUUUCGCACCAACCAAACAUACUUACUCCCUGGCCGAUAUCGUUGAAAUUUAUGCAGCUCAGGAGAUGUAUAAAACCCCCCGCCCCGCCCUCCUCCUCCGCCCGCCCCAUCGCCAUUAUCAAACCCUUCACCAAACUCAAAUCCACACUCAUUCUAAUGGCUGCUGUGCUCUCUCUCUCCCUUCUCUCCCUCCUCCUCUUCUUCUCCCUCUCCGCCGCAUCCCGCCACCGUCAAUUCCCACCGCCCGGUUCAUCCGCCGCGAGCAGCGCCGUCAUUCACGAGGCCUGCAAGGCCUCCCGUGACCCUCCCUCUUGCGAAACCUCACUUUCCAAAUCAGAUCUUCCCAGUUCCAACGUUUUGGAAGUAAUUCAAUCCGCCAUUUCAGUGACCUCUCGGAAUCUCGAAACGGGCCGGGCCAUGGCACUGGAGAUUCUUAAAGGGUUUUCCGGGAAUCUGAGUGGGAGCAACGCCGCCAACAACUGCCUGGAAUUCCUGAAAUACGCCGAGUACCGGAUCUCUCUGGCGAACCGGGCCUUGCCAGGCGGCGGCAGAUUGAAGGACGCCCGGGCCUGGAUGAGCUCCGCCCUGGUCUACCAGUACGACUGCUGGUCGGCGCUCAAGUACGUCAACACGACGUCCCUGGUCGGCCGGACGAUGUCGUUCCUGGACUCCUCCCUGAUCCGGUCCUGCAGUGAUGCGCUUGCGAUGAUGGUGAAUUUCGACAUCCACGGCCAGAAAACCGAGUCAUGGGGCCCGCCAAAGACAGAGCGGGACGGGUUCUGGGAGCCCGCACGAGAUCCGUCUGGUUCCAAUCUCGCCGGAGGUGUCCCCGCCGGCCUUAAGCCGGACGUGACGGUGUGCAAAGGAGGAAGUCAGUGUGAUUAUAAGACUGUACAAGAGGCAGUGAAUGCCGCCCCAGAUAAUGAAGGGUCUGGCAAACAGUUUGUGAUACUGAUCAAGGCUGGUGUUUAUGAAGAGAUUGUCCGGGUUCCAUUGGAGAAGAAAAAUGUGGUGUUUCUCGGGGACGGCAUGGGUAAAACCGUGAUUACAGGGUCCAUGAAUGUCGGGCAGCAGGGUGUCACAACCUUCAACUCCGCCACCGUUGGCGUUGCUGGGGAUGGUUUCAUGGCCAGUGGUGUCACCUUCCAGAACACGGCUGUCCCUGAUGCCCACCAAGCAGUGGCGUUCAGGUCGGAUAGUGAUCUUUCAGUUGUUGAAAACUGCGAAUUUCUGGGCAACCAAGACACGCUCUACGCCCACGCCUUGCGCCAGUACUACAAGUCGUGCCGGAUCCAAGGCAAUGUGGACUUCAUCUUUGGGAACUCGGCUGCUUUCUUCCAGGACUGCCUCGUCCUGGUGGCCCCCCGCCAGAUCAAUCCAGAGAAGGGGGAGAAGAACGCCGUGACAGCUCACGGCAGAAUAGACGCUGCCCAAUCAACCGGCUUCGUCUUCCAGAACUGCGUGAUCAACGGGACUGAUGCGUACAUGGGCUUGUAUUUCAGCAAGCCCAGUGCGCACAAGAAUUACCUUGGCAGGCCGUGGAAGCAGUAUUCCAGGACGGUGUUCAUCCAGUGCACCUUGGAGGCUCUUGUAAGCCCACAGGGAUGGCUGCCUUGGAGUGGUGAUUUUGCAUUGGACACGUUGUAUUAUGGCGAAUUCGAGAACACAGGUGCUGGAUCCAACACGUCGGGUCGGGUUCCGUGGAGUAGCCAGAUUCCAGGCGAGCACGUUCGGUCUUACUCGGUCGGUAAUUUCAUCCAAGGUGAUCAAUGGAUACCUACAUCAUCUUCUUGAGUUCAGAAUUUGUGUGCAGAUCCUGUCAUGAUUUUUAACAUAAUCUUCUUGAAUUCAAAAUGUAUAUUAUACGGCGUAUAUGAUUAGGUUAGGUGUUGGGUGAAGAUCACCUGGCACCUAACUUCUGAUUCUAAAUGGUUGGGUUCAUUCAUUUUGAAUUCAAUCUUUACUCCCAAGAGUAGUAUGCAGCCUAUAAAGCAUGCAGUAACAAUAUCACACAAAACAUGUUGCAUAUGAUAGUAGUUACUUUGAUAGUAUAUUCAUCUUUAUUUUAAUAUCAAACAUGUACAGAGUAAUAUAUCGAGAUAUUUAUU